AUCGUUGCCGCGCAUUGUUGUUCAUCCAUACAUGAAAAAAAGGUCGAAUAUUUAUUUCCAAGGUGAAAUCAACAUUUAUAUACAUUGUUAUAUAAUUAUUCAUCAAAAAUUAUUGUGUCUAAAACAAUAGCUACUGAAAUUUUCAGUAGAAACUCUAAUAAAAGCCUAGCACAUUAAAAUUCGAUGAUAAAAGUUGGCAACCCUGCUGUCUGUUUGUGGAUGACUGUCAAAACCUACUUUCCAGCUAUCGAAGCAUCAGCUUUUGAUACAAUGCAAAAAAUAUCAUGCUGAGUGUGUAGAAACGUGUUGAGACGUGUGGUGAGAGUGGACAGGAGGAAAAGUGUGUGUCUCUUUAUAAUUAGUGAGUGCAUUUCUGAUGGUUAAUCAACAGAUAUAUCAGCUCAUCACUGCAUGCCAUUCAUUUCUAAUUUGUGACUUGGAUCAUGAAAAGAGAAACAUGAAUUAUUAACAUUUGAUACUUUGUUAUUGCAUCAGUAAUUUAUUAAAUUUACUGAAACGUGAUUGAUAUUGUUUUGAUGCAGCAUAACCAAGGUGCUGUAGAAACUGGUGCAUCACUUCAGUCUUACUCGUUUUUUCUUCCAUUCAGGAUACUUUUAUUCAGCUAAUUAUUUCUCAAUGGAGCUAACUUAUAUAUGAUAAUAGUCUGUGAAUCUCAGGCUAAAAAUUCACCUUACUAGACAGUCCAAUAAUAAUGUAUAAGAGUUCAUCUUGAUUCAACUCAAAGAUUUUCAUCUCUUUUGGACAAAUUCAGUUUUUUCAAGUGUCAAUUACAUUUUAUCGGGUGUUUCUCGGCAGUAUUGUUGUUGGUGAUAGUUAGAAAAAUGUUUACAAUGUGAUUUAAGAUCAUCGUCUUCAUAACAAUAAUUUUAGAACGAUAAAUUUAAAAUUUAUUGUCACCAGAAAGACUGCUUCAGUAACGAUGAGUGGUAAAUUUAAAGAAUCCCAGUCAAAAUGGACUUGUGAAUAUUGUACCUAUGAAAAUUGGCCAUCAUCAUUAAAAUGUACAAUGUGUAGAGGAGCAAAACCAUUAUUAGGAGAAGAUAUUUAUAGAUUACGAGAUCCAAGUCCACAAAGAUCAGGAUCAAAUGUUGCCUCAGGUCCAGUAUCGUUUAGUCCCUCCACUGAAUCUUAUAAUUUAAGUCCACAAAACUACAGCCAAAAUGUACCAUCCGGUGGAAAAUGGUCAUGUGAAACAUGCACUUAUCUCAAUUAUCAAAAUACAACGCGGUGUGUCCAGUGUAGCAGCAGAAAGCCAGCUAAUCAUACUCAGUUGAUACAUUCGGCUUCUAAUCUACAUGAGCACCUAGCACCAUUGAGAUUAGGCGAUCCGCCGCCUAAUUCUGGACAAAAUAUUUCAACAAUUACUAAUUUUAUUGAUAAGUGGUCUUGUUCUGUGUGUACUUAUGAAAAUUGGCCAAAAGCUGUUAAAUGUGUUAUGUGUGGACAUAUUAAAGAACGAGAUAAAAAAGAAAAAUCAAGUAAUUCAAGUUUAAUAUUGCCAAGUCCUGAAAGAGAUCACAGUCAAAAAGGUUUACCAUCUCCUCCUCAGCAGUAUAUUCAAACUCAACGAGAUGAGAAUACAGCUGUAGCUAGGCGUUCACAUCGUUUUGAUACUAGAAAUGAUACUUUACCUUUAUCUCAGAAUCCAAAUGAUUGUGAUUACGAAACUAGACUCAAACAAUUGAGACGUCAUGGUGAUUGUUGUUGGUUGAAUGCUUGUCUUGGUAUUGUUGAAGGUGAUAAUACACCUGUAGAGGCUUAUUUAGCAAGUGGAGGAGACCCUACACGGCAGUUAACGCAUUCUGAAGUCUUACUUCUUAAUAGAAAUAGUGCCUUUGAUGUCGGACAUACACUUGUUCACUUGGCCAUUAGAUUUCAACGCGAAGACAUUCUAGCCACACUUUUAUCACAAAUUGAAGGCUCUGGAUCGGGUAUCAAACGAGUACCUAGCUAUGUUGCUCCUGAUUUAGCAGCUCAAAUACGUAGACAUGUCACCAAUAGUAUUCGUAUGCGUAAGGGUUCCUUUUCAUGUUAUUUUGUAACUGAUAUGGCGACAUUUGCGCUACCUGCUGAGAUCGAAGAUCUUCCAAGUGCAGUGCAAGAACAAAUGCUAGAAGAAUUACUAGAUCGUGAGGCACAGCAACAAUUAGAAGGAGGUGAUGGUGAACCACCAGCCCUGAACUGGUCAUUAGAAAUAACUGAACGCUUAGGAAGUCGUUUACACGCUUUAUGGAAUAGAUCUGCAGGAGAUUGUCUUCUGGAUUCAGUAAUGCAGGCAACUUGGGGUGUUUUUGAUCGAGAUAAUGCUCUCAGACGUGCACUUGCGGAUUCUCUACAACAAGCUGGUCAAUUUUUUUAUCCAAGAUGGAGAGAAUACGAAGCAUCACAAGCUUCAAGGAUGUUAGACUUUACGCUAGAAGAAGCUCAAUGGCAAGAUGAUUGGGACAAUUUAUUAACGACAGCAGCACAGCCUGGAAGUGCUUUAGAACAAUUACAUGUUUUUACUCUCGCCCACAUUCUCAGGAGGCCUAUUAUAGUUUACGGAGUUAAAUACGUAAAAAGUUUUCGCGGUGAAGACAUUGGAUAUGCACGAUUUGAAGGAGUUUAUUUACCGCUAUUAUGGGAACCUUCAUUCUGUAUUCGUUCACCGAUUGCUUUGGGUUAUACUCGAGGUCACUUCACAGCUCUUGUACCUAUUGAACCGUAUGCUUCAUCUAGAUUGCCCACGCUCUCAACUCACGGCGGUGUUGGCGUUGGUGGUGGAAAUAGUCCUAUGCAACAACUGCAAAUUCAAAUGCAAACUACUUUCAUGCCAUUGAUGGAUAGAGAACGAAAAUUACUCCCGAUUCAUUUUCUAAGCCCUGAAGAAAUUGGUAGAGAAGAAGCAAUACUGAAACAAUGGCUUGAUGUCUGCACCACUGAAGGUGGCAUUCUUGUAGCUCAACAAAAACUUCAUAAAAGACCACUUCUUGUUGCUCAGAUGCUGGAAGAAUGGCUUAAUCACUAUCGCCGCCUAGUUCAAAUGAACAAUGCCCCUUUUGUGAGACCAGUCGUCCAACAGGAAUAUAGUAGUGAUGGUGAUACUGAGGACGAAUAACAUUUGGCUGGUGCAAUUUGUUAAAGUAUUGGUAAGCAUCCACAAUCAUCUCAUAGUCCCCUUCAUCUGCAGGUCCUCAAACAAAUACGGUGUAUAGGUAGUAAUGAUCUCCAAUAAUCACAAGAAUGAUUAGUACUUCGAGUACUAGUACUGUUUCGUACUCAAAUGACGAUUUAUUAUAGAUGCAUAAUCCACUGUUGUUUGAUGUAAUGAAGGAUUAAUCCAUCAUUGGUUUAUUUGCAACUAUUUUAAUUUGCAAUAUUAGGUACAUUAAAUCCUAAAUAUGUAUAAAAAAUGAAUCAUUUUUUUUUUUUUAUUUAUUAACUUAUUCAUUAGCAUAUGUAAAAGGUUUAUAAUCGUUUUUUUUCUACAUCGUACUUUGAUAAUAUUUUUUUUUUUUUGCAUUAGAAAUAAUAAUUGGGUCACUUUUUUUGUGCUAUACAAUAUUAUACCAUUGUUCAUUAAUAUAUUGACCAUUACAAAAAGGUACUGUUGACAACAGUAAUAAAAGAAUAAAAUGAAGCUCGUAAUAUAUAAUAUACGUUUUUAUGUAUACUUUACAUUUGGUGUGAAAAUUUUUUUUUUUUUAUCAAAUAAAUAAUAUUGAUGGAAUUAAUAACACAUGUAGUCUUUCAGACAUAAAGACGAAUCAUAAACAAAAAGUGUCAAUCGCCAAUUAGUGGUGUUUAUAAUUGUCUCUGUUAAAUGGAAAAAUGGAAUUAUAAUUAUAUAAGAUGUAAAAUAGAUUUUUUAUGAAAAUACUAUCUUUCUCUUGUAAGAAUAUUAUUAUUAUAGAUUAGGAUUUGAUUCAUUUCAAUGGAUUCUAGCUUGUUGUGGGCUAUAGAUGGUAAAAACGUGGAUACAACGAUUUUUCGAAUAGAUAAAAUUAACAAUUCAUUAUGCUGUGUUAGAUGGUUUCAAACAUAGAAUGCCAAUUAAAACAUUAAAGUGAAUAAAGUUAAGUUCGUGAUUAAUUGAUGAAAUAAAAUAAUAAAUAAAAUAGAAGGUAUGAUUAUGGCAAUGAACGAAGUGAUGUGAAAAAAUUGAUAAAAGCAGCUGUGAAGUAAUAGAGCUUUUACAAUAAUAAAAAAAAAUAAGUAAAAGCGAUUUAAGAAUAAAAUUAAAUAAUUUCUUAAACAAUAA